GCUUAAAUUAGGGAGGCUUACUAGUAGAAUAUGCUUAACUUCUGAUGUUUGGACUUCUGGUACAAUUGAGGGAUAUAUUUCUUUGACAGCUCAUUAUAUAGAUGAGGAUUGGGAGUUACAAAGUAAAAUACUGAACUUUUGCCGUAUUCCUCCUCCACACUUAGGGGUUGUUUUAACAGAUAAUAUUAUGAAUUUCUUGCAAAAAAGGGGAGUUGAAAAGAAAGUUUUCUCAAUUACUUUGGAUAAUGCAAGUAGUAAUGAUAGGAUGAAGGAUAUCUUGGGGAACCAGCUUUGCGUGCAGAAUGUUUUGUUAUGUAGGGGUGAAUUUUUCCAUGUGCGAUGUUUUGCACAUAUCUUGAAUCUUAUUGUUCAAGAAAGAUUAAAAGCUACUAGUAUUGCUUUAAAUAAGAUUCGAGAUAGUGUGAAAUAUAUUAAAGCAACUGAGGCUAGAAGAAUCAAGUUUGGAGAACUUGUGGUACAAAUGGGAGUGAAAAGCUAAAUGGGGUUGAGAUUGGAUGUUUCCACUAAUGGAAUUCGACAUUUUUAAUGCUUGAAACGACGUUAAUAUAUCGUCCUGUGUUUGUGGCUUUAUCAACAAUAGAUCUCAAUUAUAAAUUUUGUCCAUCAGAUGACGAAUGGGAUAGAGGGCGAGGAUAUACAAGUUCAUGGAACCAUUUUAUGAUAUUACGACUUUAUUCUCGCGUUCUAAAUAUCAUACAACAAACUUGUACCUGAAAUGUGUAUGAGAAAUUCAGUUGCGUUUAAUUGAAGAGAGGAUAAGUGAGGAUGGAGUUGUUAGGAGCAUGGCAGAACAAAUGAUCCCAAAAUUUACAAAAUAUUGGGAUUCUUAUAGUCUUGUGUUGACGAUUGCAACUACUCUUGACCCACGUCUCAAGUUUCAGUUUGUGGAGUAUGCUUUCAAGAAAGUUUAUGAUUUAGCUACUACUACAUGGAAGUUGGAGGUUGUUAAGAAUAACUUGCAAAAGCUUUUUCAAGCUUACGAGGCUCAAUGUUCCAAAGAAGUUCCUGGCUCACCUUCAGUUGUUUCUCCUGCGAGUGGUCCUACUCUUGGUACGCGUGUAGAUCAUUCUUUUGAUUUUGACAACUAUGAGAGUGAUUUCAUUUCCACUAAGAAAUCCGAAUUAGAUCUUUAUUUGGGAGAGAUGAGGUUUGAUUGCAUCAAAUAUCAGAAUUUGGAUAUCCUCGAUCAUUGGAAGAACAAUCACGAUCGUUAGCUGGUACUUGCCAUGAUGACUCGUGAUAUCAUGGCAAUACCAAUAACAUCCGUUGCUUCGGAGUUCGCUUUUAGUAUUGGCAGUAAAGUGUUUAACAAAUAUCGAAGCUCACUUCGACCAAAAAAAUGCAGAAUCUUUGAUAUGCCCUCGGACUUGGCUAUAUGGAUAUGAGUUUACAGAUGAUGAUUCGGAUGAUGAUCUUGAUGUGCCAUUAACUAAUCCCGGGUCUGUGGAAUCAAGAGACUCUAUCACCUCCACUGUGGGAUGAACAUUUGUUGCCCUAAAAAUGUUUUGUGUUGAGCAUUUGAUUAUGUAUUUGUUUA